UCUGUGGUAGAGAAUUCAUUACUGCAUUCGGCAGGUCUUCUCGCCGAAGUUAACACUCCCCCCGAUUGAGAGGGAGGUCUCCGUCUCCGAAUGUUUGCAUCCCUGCCAAACUCCCUCGCCGAAGCCAGGGACCCCAUGCGAGGUCUCCGUGGUCGUUUCACAUAAAGGGCGGUCCUUUAUUGCUUGGAGGUUUCGAUCCCAUCCUCAUCCGGCACCUGCCCCCCGUUCAAGCAUGGUUGACUGGCAGUCGUCUGCCGAAAUCCUGACUGACAGUGUUGUUUUCAGCCGGUUUGCACAUACCCUUUUUGGCUUAUAUUUAUGGGAAGUUGUUACUUCCUUGGAGUUCGACUGGCAGUUCAUAUCUGGCCGGAAAUGUUUUCGAUGGCCUCUGGCGUUCUAUUUUGCUGGGCGUUAUUGUUUACUUUUUGCCCUCGUCGGGAUCCUUAUCGCCCUCGACGUCACCGCGCCAGUCAACUGUCAAGCGCUUUAUACCUUCAACCAAGUCUUUGGGAAUGCUGCUAUUGGACUAGCGAGUAUUAAUCUUUCCCUUCGAACCAUGGCGGUUUGGUCACAGAACAGAGUUAUUGUAUGUCUACUAGUGGCAGUCAUGCUGGGCCAAUGGUCCUUUCUGCUUCACGGUAUCCUUCUUGAAGCAACUUGGCUGAAUGGUGCUUGCGUGAUUACAUCGACCAAUAAUCACAUUCUAGCCAUUAGUUUUAUAUAUACUAUGGCAUUCGACUUCCUUGUCCUCUGCCUGGCCGGCUGGAAGCUUGCAUAUCCUGCAGGCGGUCGCUCGAAGCUAAUCAAACUCAUUUUUGGUGACGGACUUAUUUACUUUGUUAUUGCCUUUCUAUCCAACUUGGUUGCCACGACCUUCAUGUUAUUGAACCUGAAUGCCGUGAUGUCAAUCAUUGCCAAUGUCCCUGCGGCAAUAGUUUGUACGAUCGUGGCGUGCCGCGUUGUAAGGAGGCUGGCCAAUUUUGAGACAAUUACUACGUUUGGGCAGCCUACGACUGUUGGCGAUACUUCAUUUCUGGCGUUCCGCGGCAACACCACCAUUGACUCUUCCAGAGAGUUUACUCUUAAACAUGGUGACGGCCUGCAUAUUCAGAUGGACGUCGUCAGGAGUAAUCCCGUGAACGUGGAGUUCGAUGCAGCCGGGUGCGUUAUCAAGGGCGGUAACCUGGACCCCGAGGCUCAAGCCAUUCAUGACGAAUUCAAGAGACCACCCUAUUGAGCGCACCAAGCACACAAACCAGUGAUAUAAUGACUAAACCGCGAAGUGGUGUUGCGGCUUCGUCGGUUGCUUCUGCUCUCUGAUUGACGCUGUUAUAUAGUCUUUGUAGCAAUCCCAUUAUGCAUACGUAAGGUGGGAAGUAGAUAUAUG